CCGAACGCGCCUCUAUCACUGCCGAGGUUCUCGGGCGCGGAGGAGGAGCUGUCAAAGUUUACAAGCCAAGCCGAGGGAAUUUUUUCAAGAAGACAAGAAGGCAAGAUCCUUGAACAUUAUUGAGAAACCCUUGAAAGAAGAGCCCUUCUAACUAUGGAGUGAAGUCUGAGAGGCUUUACACAGAAGAAAUGGCAGGACCAACUGAGAUCGGAUUGAUUUUUACCUUACUGCUCUCAUGGAGCUUCUGCGCGACGCCGGAAAAGAAAGUGUGUCAGGGAGCGAACAACAAACUGACUCUUCUGGGAACAGUGGAUGACCAUUAUCAGAUUCUGGUAAAAAUGUACAGCAACUGCACCGUCGUUCUGGAAAACCUGGAAAUCACAUAUAUGACCGAAAAACAUGACCUGUCCUUUCUCAGGAGCAUUCAAGAAGUUGGUGGCUAUGUUCUUAUUGGGAUCAACACGGCUCCCAGAAUCCCUCUUGAGAACCUACGCAUCAUCCGUGGCCACUCUCUUUAUGACGACAAAUAUGCUUUAGCUGUCCUCCUGAACUACAACAACAGCAUUGGGCAAGGCGUAAACGAGUUGCCACUGACUAGCUUAACUGAAAUCCUGAAGGGUGGGAUCAAAUUUGCCAGUAACAAUCAUUUAUGUAACGUGGAGACCAUCCAGUGGACUGAUAUUCUGAACAUGAAGAGCCAGCCUAAAAUCAAAGAGACGGAACCAAGCUCUGCAGAACACUGUAAGAAGUGUGACCGGAGCUGUUACAAUGGGUCCUGUUGGGGCCCUGGUCCCCAAAACUGCCAAAAAAUGACUAAGGUGAUCUGUGCGGAGCAGUGUUCAGGGAGGUGUAAGGGGCCCAAACCAAUUGACUGCUGUAAUGAACAUUGUGCUGCUGGCUGCACUGGACCCAGACCAACCGACUGCCUGGCCUGUAAGGACUUCCAGGAUGAGGGGACAUGUAAGGACGCAUGUCCACGGCUCAUGCUCUAUGACCCCAACACCCACCAGCUUGCUUCAAACCCUGACGGGAAGUACAGUUUUGGAGCAACGUGCAUCAAGAAUUGCCCACACAACUAUGUCGUAACAGACCAUGGGGCAUGUGUAAGAACAUGCAGCCCUGGCACCUAUGAGGUGGAUGCGGGUGGAGUUCGGAAAUGUAAGAAGUGUGAUGGCCUGUGUCCAAAAGUUUGCAAUGGGCUGGGAAUGGGGCCUCUGCUCAACGUCCUGUCAAUCAAUGCCAGCAACAUUGAUUCCUUUGAAAACUGCACAAAAAUCAGCGGAGGUGUUGCAAUUCUCACCACGACAUUUAACGGUGACCAGCAUACUAAAACUCCAGGACUGGACCCGGCCAAGCUCAACAUAUUCAAAACUGUAAAAGAAAUCACUGGCUACCUGGUGAUUCAGCAGUGGCCGAAAGACAUGCCAUCCCUCAGUGCCUUUGAAAACCUUGAGGUCAUCCGUGGACGUACAAAAAAGCAAGGGGCCUUCAGCUUCGCUGUCACCCAAACUCAAAUCACACAUUUCGGCCUGCGUUCGCUGAGGGAGAUCAGUGAUGGUGAUGUGGUCAUUGCUCAGAAUAAGCAUCUCUGCUACACCAGCCUUGAGCACUGGAAACGGUUCUUCAAAUCUGAUCAACAGUCUGCCAAAAUGAUAAAAAACGCUGAUGCUGCCACCUGCGCGAAUCAGAACAGCACGUGUGAUGAGAUGUGCACAAAUGAUGGCUGUUGGGGUCCUGGUCCCACUAUGUGCUUCAGCUGUAAGCAUUACACCCGUAAAAAACACUGUGUGGCUUCCUGCAGCCUGCUGGCUGGUGAGCCACGUGAAUAUGAGGUCAAUAAAACAUGUGUCGAGUGUGACCCUGAAUGUCUGCUCAAGAAUGAAUCCCUGACCUGCACCGGCCCUGGACCUGACAAAUGUACAGCUUGUGCAAACUACAAAGAUGGGCCGCACUGUGUUACACGCUGCCCACAAGGCAUACCCGGAGAGAAGGACGUACUCAUUUGGAAAUAUGCUGACGCGAUGCGAGUAUGCCAGCCCUGUCAUGAGAACUGCACCCAGGGAUGUACUGGACCUGAUCUGAAGGACUGCAAAGAUUUCAAAGGCUCGGGUUUGCCCAUGAUUGCCGCUGGUGUGGUCGGAGGUCUGCUGGCGUUUGUUAUCCUGGCUCUAGGAGUUGCUGUUUUUCUGCGCAGACGGCACAUCAAAAGGAAGAGAACCUUACGACGACUCCUGCAAGAAAGAGAGCUAGUGGAGCCUCUGACCCCAAGUGGCAAAGCCCCCAACCAGGCCUUGCUGCGCAUCCUCAAAGAGACGGAGUUCAAGAAGAUCAAAGUGCUUGGGUCCGGAGCUUUCGGCACUGUGUAUAAGGGCUUGUGGGUUCCAGAAGGAGAGAGUGUGAAGAUCCCUGUUGCCAUUAAGGUCUUACGAGAAGCCACGUCUACCAAAGCAAACCAGGAGAUCUUGGAUGAGGCCUAUGUGAUGGCAAGCGUUGAGCAUCCUCACGUGUGUCGUCUGCUCGGCAUCUGCUUGACCUCCACUGUCCAACUUAUCACCCAGUUGAUGCCCUACGGCUGUUUGCUGGACUACGUCCGAGAAAACAAGAACAACAUCGGCUCUCAAUACCUGCUCAACUGGUGUGUGCAGAUUGCUAAGGGCAUGAAUUACCUAGAAGAGCGUCAUCUUGUGCACAGAGACUUGGCUGCUCGUAAUGUGUUGGUAAAGACCCCUCAGCAUGUGAAGAUCACUGAUUUUGGCUUGGCCAAGCUGUUGAAUGCCGAUGAGAAGGAGUAUCACGCAGAUGGUGGAAAGGUGCCAAUAAAAUGGAUGGCACUUGAAUCCAUCCUGCACAGAACAUACACCCACCAGAGUGAUGUCUGGAGUUACGGUGUGACAGUCUGGGAACUGAUGACAUUUGGAACAAAGCCCUAUGAUGGGAUUCCUGCAAGUGAAAUUGCUGAAGUUCUAGAGAAAGGAGAAAGACUUCCACAGCCUCCUAUCUGCACCAUUGAUGUGUACAUGAUAAUGGUCAAAUGUUGGAUGAUCGAUGCAGAGAGCAGACCUCGCUUCAGGGAGCUCAUCUCUGAGUUUACUAAAAUGGCACGUGACCCACCCCGCUAUCUCGUCAUUCAGGGUGAUGAUCGGAUGCAUUUACCCAGUCCUUCUGACUCCAAGUUCUACCGCAGUCUGAUGAGUGGAGAGCUGGAUGAAGCUGUGGAUGCAGACGAGUAUUUAGUGCCCAAUCACAGCUUCUUCAGCAGCCCCAGCACCUCCCGCACACAGCUGCUCCAUUCUGUGAGUCUCAACAGCAGCAUUGGGAACUGUCAGAUCAGGAAUGGGAAUGGUUUCCCAGGAAGGGAGAACAGCAUGGUUCUGCGCUACAUCCCAGAUCCGACGGAAUACUUCCAUGAGGGUGACUUCCAGCCCGCUCCAGGUUGGAAUGAAUAUGUCAACCAGGAUGAAUCCCUGAUGUCCAGCAUGACCAACCCAAUAUACCAACACCCCGGACCUCCCCGCACUCUUCCACACUCUUCAUCAGCCCUGGACGAAACUGAGGAAGAGUACCUGAACUGCUUUAAGAGCCCUGCUGCUGCUGCCGCCCCACCUGAGUAUCUGAACACGUCCCACACACAGCUCCACUCCAGACAGCCGUUCUUCAGCGUACAGGGCUUCAACCCUCAGAACAGCAUGGACAACCCAGACUACCAGCAGGACUUCUGCCCCCUGGAGCUCAAAACACACACCAACGGCCACCUGCCGGCUGCGGAAAAUGCAGAAUAUAUGGGGCUGGAAGUGCACUAGAACAUUAUGGAGAAGAGUAACUGUUCAAACGAGCCACUUCACAGUAGAUAAAGAUGGAAGGACAUUUAUUUAUAGCAAACAUUUUGCUGAGUUGUCAAGGACAGAAAGAGCUUUUCAUAACGUGGGCUAGCGUUCAAAUGUUUUUGU